AUGAGUGAGGCCGUUACCAUCAGAACUCGCAAGUUUAUGACUAACCGCUUGCUCCAACGCAAGCAAAUGGUUGUGGACAUCUUGCACCCUGGCAAGGCUAACAUCUCCAAGGAUGACCUUCGCGAGAAGUUGGCUGAGAUGUACAAGGCCAGCGUUGAGAACGUCCAGGCUUUUGGUCUCCGUACUCAAUUUGGUGGUGGAAAGACUACCGGCUUCGCUUUGAUUUACGACUCGAACGAGGCCUUGAACAAGUUCGAGCCUCACUACCGUCGUGUUCGCAUUGGUCAAGCUAACAAGAUCGAGAAGGCCUCUCGUCAACAACGCAAGCAACGUAAGAACAGAGGCAAGAAGGUCUUCGGUACCGGCAAGCGUUUGGCCAAGAGAAAGCAAUCCGAGUAG